AUGGGAGUGAAUGACUUGUGGCAAAUUCUGGAACCUGUUAAACAACACAUCCAUUUACAUAAUCUUAGUGGGAAAACCAUUGCAGUUGAUCUGAGUCUCUGGGUAUGUGAGGCACAGACAGUUAAAAAAAUGAUUGGAACCGUCAUGAAGCCCCACCUCAGGAACCUAUUUUUUCGUAUCUCAUAUUUAAUGCAAAUGAAUGUAAAAUUGGUUUUUGUUAUGGAAGGGGAGCCACCAAAGCUGAAAGCAGAUGUCAUGAAAAAGAGGAAUGAGAUUCGGUAUGGGCCUUCUGGAAAAACAUGGUCUCAAAAAACAGGGAGAUCACAUUUUAAAUCACUGUUAAAAGAGUGCCUUGAGAUGCUAGAAUGUUUAGGAAUCCCCUGGGUUCAAGCUGCUGGGGAAGCUGAAGCCAUGUGUGCUCACCUCAAUGCUGGUGGUCACGUAGAUGGCUGCCUCACCAACGAUGGAGAUGCCUUCCUGUACGGAGCCCAGACUGUUUACAAAAAUUUCACUAUGAAUACAAAGGAUCCACAUGUUGACUGUUAUACAAUGUCAUCUGUCAAGAGUAAACUAGGUUUGGAUAGAGAUGCUCUGGUUGGACUAGCAAUACUUCUUGGCUGUGAUUAUCUCCCGAAGGGAGUCCCUGGAGUUGGAAAAGAGCAAGCAUUAAAACUUAUACAGAUUUUGAAAGGGCAGAGUUUACUUCAGAGGUUUAAUCAAUGGAAGGAAACAUCUUAUAACUCUAACCCACAACCACUGGUUGCUAAAAAACCAGCUCAUUGCUCCGUAUGUUCCCAUCCAGGUUCACCUAAGGAUCACGAACGUAAUGGAUGCAGGUUAUGUAACAGUGAUAGAUACUGUGAACCACAUGAUUAUGAAUACCGCUGUCCUUGUGAGUGGCACCUUACUGAACAUGAAAGGCAACUAAGCGGAGUAGAGAACAAUAUUAAGAAAAAAGCUUGCAGUUAUGAGGGAUUCCCAUUCCAUGAGGUUAUUCAAGAAUUUCUUUUAAACAAGGAUAAAUUAGCGAAGGUAAUCAGGUACCAAAGACCUGAUUUACUAUUGUUUCAGAGAUUUACUCUCGAAAAAAUGGAGUGGCCCAAUCACUAUGCAUGUGAGAAAUUGUUGGUGCUUUUGACCCAUUAUGACAUGACAGAAAGAAAGCUUGGUAGAAGGAGCUCUGAUCAACUACAGCCAACUCGAAUUGUUAAGACCCGAAUCAGAAACGGAGUACAUUGCUUUGAAAUAGAAUGGGAAAAACCUGAACAUUAUGCUAUAGAAGAACCUGGAGAAUCAAUUCUAACAAUUGAAGAAGAAUCAUUAUUUGAAGCAGCCUAUCCCGAGAUUGUUGCUAUUUAUCAAAAACAAAAGUUAGAGAUUAAAGGGAAGAAACAAAAAAGUAUGAAAAUUAUGCCUAAAGAAAACAAUUUGCCAGAAUCAGAUAAUGUAAUGAGCUUUCAGUCAUGCAUGACUUUAAAACCCACAUGUGAAAUCUUUCCUAAACCAAAUUCCAAGUUAAAUAUGGAAAUUUCUGCUAAUCCUACAUUACCACAGGAAUGUACGUCUGCCUCAUUGAAUAGCUUGCUUUUACCUGAAGAUUCUCCCUGUGAAGAGCAGUUCAUGUCUUCUCCAAGACCUUUGACUACACAGCAAAUUACAGCUGUCAAUGAGUCUUUAACUUCAGAACAUAAUCAACCCAGUACCUCAUCUCAUAAUACAUCUGUAAUUGAUGAUCUACAGUUGAGUACCAUUGACUGGGAGGGUACUUCUUUUAGUAAUUCCUCAGCUAUUCAAAGGAAUACUUUCUCACAUGGUUUAAAAUCAGAACUUGAAUCAGAAAGGUGCACCACAAACAUCAAUAAAGUCUUAGAUUGGGAUCGUCAUACGAUUAGUCCUGAAGAGCAUCUACUUCCUGGCAUUAGUGAUUUAUGUCUUCAGGAUUUGCCUUUAAAGGAAAGAAUAUAUAUAAAAUCAUUAUAUCUUCAGGAUAAUAUACAACCAGAUGUCAACCUGAGAACAGCCCUACUUAGGGGAAGAGAAUCUUGUAUUGGUAAGUGUAGUUCUAAUUGCCCAUCAUGUCUUUCAAAGGAUCUUCUAGGAAUUCAUUUGCAAAAUGAAUCCAGAAACCCUAAAGUUCUAAAAGGAGACCAACUGCUUCAAGGAAACUGUAAAGCCAAUACUUCUAUGCCUUAUUCUUUUAAUAAUCCAGCAGGGAAGACCUCCCACAUUAAAGCUAAGCCACCAAAUACUGCUGUAGAUCAUAGAAGAAAAAUCGACAUGCAUACCACUCAGAAAACUGUGAUGAAGAAGAGUGUUUGCCUUGACAUACAUUCCUCUGAUGAAGAAAGUACCCCAGUUUUUGGUAAAGCUAAGCACACAGCUCAAGAAGUGAAGCACAGGUCUCAGAAGCAUAAUCCAGUCCAAGUCAAAAAAAUUGACUAUAACAAGUUAAGUAACCCUAAGGUACAUGUUGAAAAAACUGAACAGUGUUUUAGGUCUAAUAAAAUAGAUGGAAAUGAAGAAAACUGUUCCCAAGAUCAAGCAAAAAGUUCUCUGAGUUUUCUACAAUGUCAUAAGAAAGAAGACAACCCUACUUAUAUGGAUAGUUUUCUUCCUUUAAGCCAGAGAUUAAAACUAAGGUUCCAAAGCACUUGA